ACUACAGCACUGAGCUGUAAAAUGUCGCCGUAAACAAACGGAUAAUACGUUAAAAGACGCGGUUUAUCCAGCGGAGACAGGAGAGUACUUCUCUUCAAUCCGUGUGAUUGGUUUUCCGUUUCGGUCAGGCGAUGGUGCGGGCUGUUUGGGCGGUGCUUCGAAGAGUGAUCUGCGACAGGGCCGCCGUGCUGAAACCAAACGUACCUGCGACUGGGAGAGCCGCAGCACUGUGGAGCAGACCCGUCCGCACACCUAUCACUACCUGCUGCAGAGCUUUAGCCAGUGAGGUGAGACACCUGCAGUCUGCAGUCAGAAUGCCUGAGAUAACCACAGAUCACCUGGACGAGAAGCAGGUGCAGCUACUGUCUGAAAUGUGCAUCCUCAUCGACGAGAACGACUGCAGGACCGGAGCUGAUACCAAGAAAAACUGCCACCUCAACUCCAACAUCGACAAAGGUUUAUUGCACAGAGCCUUCAGCGUCUUCAUUUUCAACAGUGAAGAGAAGCUGCUCUUACAACAGAGGUCUGAUGCCAAAAUCACUUUUCCAGGCUGUUUCACAAACACAUGCUGCAGUCAUCCUCUACACACAGACAGUGAGCUGGAGGAGAAGGAUGCUAUAGGAGUGAGGAGAGCUGCUCAGAGGAGACUCAAAGCUGAACUGGGUAUCCCCAUGGAACAGGUGACACCAGAUGAAAUGACAUAUCUAACCAGGAUCCACUACAAGGCCCAGUCAGACGGUGUUUGGGGAGAACAUGAGAUCGACUACAUCCUCUUUAUGCAGAAGGACGUGGAGUUGGGUCCCGACCCCAACGAGAUCAAAAGCCACUGUUAUGUGAGCAAGGAGGAGCUGAAGGAGAUGUUAGAGAAGGCCAAGCGCAAGGAACUGGAGAUCACACCUUGGUUCAGCCUCAUCGCAGAGACCUUCCUCUUCAAGUGGUGGGACAACCUGCAGAACCUCAAACAGUUCAUGGAUCACAACAACAUCCACCGCAUGUAACUACAACCAGGAUCAGGCUCUACCUGUAGUCCUCUCAAAACUCUGCUUGUUACAGUACUUGCCUGACAUUCAAGCACAGCUAGCCAAGCUGCUGGAGACGCCUGACCUUCAGAUCACUGGCCAUUUAUGUCAAGGUUGUUGUAAGUGUAGGAUUUCUGCACUAAAUAAGGAAUGUUUUAGCCUUGCUAAAAGUAAGAGGUAACGUGGUUUACAGUAGGUUUGUAGCUCUGAGGUGCAUUCAACAACACACAAGGUGAUUCUAUUGAUUCUAGAGUUUUUAGUAAAGAAAAAUGUCAUGUAGAAAAUUCUGAUGGAUUACAGACUGAACAGAAGAUGUCGAAUGUCUUAAUUUAUUAGGCAGAAAAUGAAGAGAAUAGCAUAUUUUUAUAUAAAAAUGUGAAGUGCCUGAGUACAGGUCUUUAAGCUGAGGUGAAUAGAGUCUCCAAGUCACAACAACCACUGUCACUCUGUAUUUUGUUGACAAUGAUAUCAGUGAAUAAGCUGAAUCUUUGUACCCUUUUACACAAUAAAGUAUUUGAUUGUG